AUGAACUCAACCCCCUCCCUUCCCAACAUAACCGAAUCUCUAUUGAGAAAGAACAUCAUGUCUAUCUAUUACAUUCUCGUCCACGAGGACCAGACACCAAACCACCAUACUCCGGCAAUGUCGCAAAACAUCCUUCCAUACUUCUUCGGAGGGCUAGCCUUCCUGCUCUUCGUCUGUUACUACAACUCUGCGGUUUUGGUAAACGGCGAAGCAAACCGUCGAGAAGCUGAACGCUUUGAGUUCUCCGAAGCGAAAUACGAGGAGAAAGUCAUCUACCUCAUGAAGCAAAUGCGUUGGUGGGAUUACUACCGCGGGCUCUGGGUGAUGCAUUUCGUCGUCAACACGAGUAUCGCUUGCCAGACUCGCGACUUGUCGUACACCUUCUUCGUGACAAACAUUGUUAUCGGAAUCGUGUACAACUUUGUCAUGUCUCUGCUGUUUGCAUCGGCCGAGAUUCAACUCCCCAGUGUCUGGGCUAUGCUCACAGGUGGACACAAAUCGAAAUAG